CCUCCUCGCGAGCCCAGCCGGUCGGGGCGCCUCGUGGGUUUGGCGCGACGCGCCGGGCAAGGACUGCGGCGGCUGGCGGGGCUUCCCCGGCCCUGGGCGGGCACAGGCACACGGCCUCCCACCCCACCCCGGAGGGAUCUUGCCCGCUCUCUUCCCUGCCUGCCGGCGGAGCCCCAGCACAGGUCCCGGCGGGGUUAAUGUCCACGUUCGUGAUGAGAGACAGAUAAGUACCGUGCGGUGGCCUCCUUGCUGCAGGAAGAGUCUCCUUGAGGCGUUUGGCCCUGAGGGCUGUUAUCUUUCCGUGUGCUUUUCUUACAAACUGUGGGUUACCCCUUCACAAGGCCUUGUUCAGAAAUGGCCAGUUUAGCCAACAAAGACUCUUAUUUACAGCAACUGGCUAAGAAGAUUUGCGCCCAGGAAGUGCAGGAGCCACGAAAAAGAAAAUUCGGACCUGGGUCAGGGGAGGACGAUGCUCAGCCGAAGAAGAAGAAGAAAAGAAAGAAGUUGAAGCAGCAGGCCCAGGGCGUGGGAGGUGCCCCUCCGGGCAAGCCGGCAGUCACUGACGCCUUCAGAGCACAGGCUAAGCCAACAGCAGCGAAUGCCAAGAAGUCAGGGCCUGGGGUCAGUGUUGCAUCCGGUGCCCGCAGGCCGGCUGCUGCUGGGGGGAAUGGGAGCGGAGCCCAGAAUGGCAUUACAGGUAGCCAGAGCAGGCCCGAUUCCUUCUCCACCAUGACUCUGUUGCGUCAGAGGUUGCAUGAGAAAAUACAAGAAGUCUCGGGUCAGGGAAGGCCCAGACAGCUGUCACCGGCUGCACUGAAGAAGCAGCAGCGGAGGAAAUACGAGAAGGAGAGAAAGAAACGCCGGAGAAAAGAAUUAAGAGUGAAGGGAAAAACUGAGAAGAAAGGAGCGGGAGAGGUGUCGACAGGGGCCAUUUUGGAGCUCGCGGCCCCCAAGAACGAUGGCAAGUCCAACAUGGCCUUCAACAAGGUUGAAGUGCACGAAGAGCAGCUGAGCAAAGCGGAGAAGAGGAAAGAGAAGAGGAAGACUGUGAAAGGCAACCUCACCCCACUGACAGGGAAGAACUACAAGCAGCUCUUGAGUCGGCUGGAGGUUCGGAAGAACAAGCUGGAAGACCUGAAGGACAAGGAUGAGAAGAAGGCCCAGGAGCUGGAGACCAAGAUGAGAUGGACCAAUGUCCUCUACAAGGCUGAAGGUGUCAAGAUUCAUGACGAUGAGAACCGGCUGAAGAAGGCCGUUAAGCGGAAAGAGCAGCGCAAGACCCAGCGCCAGAAGCAGUGGGAAAAGCGGACUGAGCAAGUGGUGGAGAAGAUGCAGCAGCGCCAGGACAAGCGCCGCAAGAACCUCCAGAAGAAGAAGCUGGCCAAGAUGGAGCGGAAGAAGAGCAAGGCCCGCAAGAGGGGCCGUGUCUUGCCUGAGGAUCUAGAAAAAGCUGGCUCCAAAUGAGCCAGACUUAGUGGAUGGUUUCACCUGCUUCGGAUGAACUGAGUUUAGCGGAUGUCUUUAUUUGUUCCAAAGUGGAUUAUUGAGG